UGACUGGCGCCUGCAUCCCAGAACCAAGGUUUUUCUGAUCGUCUACUGGCUGUUAACUCUGCUACAGGCUGGCCAGGGGUCCAUUCCGGAAGUAAAUCCUUUAACUAGCACUUCCUCCCCGGAAGCGUGUCACAACCUAGCCGUCCGGCCUUUGCGGAAGUUCGUCACGUCGCAGUUGCCCCCGCACAGCGGAUGUGUGUCGCCGCUUAGGUGACGCUGAGAAGUGCUUGCAGCCGCCGCCGCUGCCUUCUGGUUGAAGCACUAUGGAGGGAGAGAGGAAGAACAACAAUAAACGGUGGUAUUUUACUCGAGAACAACUGGAAAAUAGCCCGUCUCGUCGUUUUGGCUUGGAUCCAGAUAAAGAACUUUCUAAUCGCCAGCAGGCGGCCAAUCUGCUCCAGGACAUGGGCCAACGUCUUAACGUCUCACAAUUGACUAUCAACACUGCUAUAGUAUACAUGCAUCGAUUCUACAUGAUUCAGUCCUUUACACAGUUCCAUCGAAAUUCUGUGGCUCCAGCAGCCUUAUUUUUAGCAGCCAAAGUAGAGGAGCAGCCAAAAAAAUUGGAACACGUCAUCAAGGUAGCACACACUUGUCUCCAUCCACAGGAAUCACUUCCUGAUACCAGGAGUGAGGCUUACCUGCAGCAAGUUCAAGAUCUGGUGAUACUAGAAAGCAUAAUUCUGCAGACUUUAGGCUUUGAACUAACAAUUGAUCACCCACAUACACAUGUGGUAAAGUGCACUCAACUUGUUCGAGCAAGCAAGGACUUAGCACAAACUUCUUACUUCAUGGCAACCAACAGCCUGCAUUUGACCACAUUUAGCCUGCAGUACACACCUCCUGUGGUGGCCUGUGUCUGCAUUCAUCUGGCUUGCAAGUGGUCCAACUGGGAGAUCCCAGUCUCAACUGAUGGGAAGCACUGGUGGGAGUAUGUUGACGCCACUGUGACCUUGGAACUUUUAGAUGAACUGACACAUGAAUUUCUACAGAUUCUGGAGAAAACCCCCAACAGGCUCAAACGAAUUUGGAAUUGGAGGGCAUGGCAGGCUGACAGGAAAACAAAAGCAGAUGACCGAGGAGCAGAUGAAAACUCUUCGGAGCAGACAAUCCUUAAUAUGAUUUCUCAGAGCUCUUCAGAUACAACUAUCGCAGGUUUAAUGAGCAUGUCAGCUUCUUCUACCACAAGUGCAGUGCCUUCCCUUCCAGCCACUGAAGACUCAAAGAGCAACCUAAGCAAUGUGGAGAUGUUGUCAAGUGAGCGUUGGCUGUCCUCCCACCCUCCUUUCAAGGUAGAACCUGCUCAGGGUUAUCGGAAGAGUGAGAAUUUAGCACUUGUAGGAGUUGAUCAUUCCUUACAACAGGAUGGUUCAAAUGCGUUUGUUUCCCAGAAACAGAAUAGUAAGAGUGUGCCGUCAGCUAAAGUAUCACUGAAAGAAUACCGUGCAAAGCAUGCAGAAGAGUUGGCUGCCCAGAAGAGGCAACUGGAGAACAUGGAGGCCAAUGUGAAGUCACAGUAUGCAUAUGCUGCCCAGAAUCUCCUGUCUCACCAUGAUAGCCAUUCUUCGGUCAUUCUGAAAAUGCCCAUAGAGGGCUCAGAAAACCCUGAGCGGUCUUUUCUGGAAAAAACUGACAAAACCGCUCUCAAAAUGAGAAUUCCAAUGACAGGUGGAGAUAAAGCUGCCUCUGCAAAACCAGAGGAGAUAAAAAUGCGCAUUAAAGUUCACACUGCAGCUGACAAGCACAAUUCUGUAGAUGACAGUGUCACAAAGAACCGAGAGCACAAAGAAAAGCACAAAACUCACCCAUCUAAUCAUCAUCAUCAUCAUAAUCACCACUCACACAAACACUCUCACUCACAGCUUCCAGCUGGUCCUGGGAACAAACGUCUGGGUGAUCCAAAACAUAGUAGCCAGACAAGCACCUUAGCACACAAACCCUAUGGCUUGUCUAGCUCUUUCUCCUCUUCCAGUUCUUCUCGUAAAAGGCCCCUCCCUGAGGAGACUGGAGGGGCGGCGUAUGAUCAUUCAGCCAAGACUGCCAAGAGUGCUAAAUCCUCUUCCAUAAAUUUUUCCUUCCCACCUCUUCCUACAAUGGCCCAGUUGCCUGGGCAUAGCUCAGACACAAGUGGCCUUCAUUUUUCACAGCCCAGCUGUAAAACUCGAGUUCCUCACAUGAAAUUGGAUAAAAGCUCCACUGGGGCCAAUAGUCACAAUACACCCCAGACCACAGACUAUCAAGAUACUGUGAAUAUGCUUAACUCCCUUCUCAAUGCCCAGGGUGUUCAGCCCACUCAGCCCCCAGCGUUUGAAUACGUUCAUUCUUACGGAGAAUAUAUGAAUCCACGGGCUGGUGGAAUGUCCUCCAGAUCUGGCAACACAGACAAACCCCGGCCACCACCUCUACCAUCAGAACCUCCUCCACCACUUCCACCCCUUCCCAAGUAAAAAAAGAAAAAGAAGAGGAGAAAAAAGCUUCUUUAAAAACGCAUUUGUUUUUAAACUACUGAUUCUGGACUAAGAAAAUUACUUCUCAUAUAAAAUAUGUCACCCUUCUUGGACUAGGGAAUAAAUUAAUAUUGAGACAUAGGUGGGAGGAUGGUUGAGGACCUUGGUGGUUAAUAUCUCCUGCCUCAGAAAUUUAACUAUUUUAUUAUAGUUUUUACUGGUAUUGGAGAGGUGAGAAUGUGUUAAAGCUGUGAAUGAUUCAGAAUACUUUCUCUCUUCUUGGCCCCUCCACCUCCUGAUUAGGUUGACUAGAGUUGGUAUCUUCCCUCUUCUUGCUAGGACUGAAACAUGGAGGGUGUGUUUUAUCAAGCAGUUGUGGAUCCCUUUGGUGUUUAAUAUAUCAGAAGAGAGGAAGUAUUUAAACGUCAAAAUCUUUUAAGAGACUUUUAAAAAAUAAUUUAAAGAAAGUAAGUUAUCUGUUUAGUUUUUUUUUUAUAUAUAUAUAUAAUUGGGGAAGGGGUAGGGAUUUUGCUGUGUGUAUGAGAUACACAGUAAUGAGUCCUUCCGGGUGGGAUUGGAGGGUUGGGGGUGUGUGUAGGCGGGACGGGAAGAUAGGAUUUUGGCCAUGAGUUCUGAGACAGGCUCUGGCCACUUGAAGUGUUUUGACCUGUAAGUGUGUAAAUAAGUGUGGGUGCGUGUGAUAUUAAGUGUGUGUGUGUUUAAAAAUCAUGUUUUAUCUUUCCCUCCCUGUCCUUCACCAUUUCUACUUCUCGACAGUCUACUAGAAAGAACACGGUGUGGCCUUUCUGAGCAUAAAGGGAGGAAGAGGCAUAUAUUUGGCGUGAUGAUUUCCCCUAUUCUUUAUGUUGUAAUUGGAGGUAGCCUUCUAAAUUCUAAUUUGGGCAGGUGCAGUCAGUAGUCUGACUUUGGACUCUUACACAAACUUCCUUUUUUACCCUCUUUUUCCUUUUGAUAGAGAACAAAGAUGGGAUCGAGGAAGAAGGCUAGAGAGCUAGGCUGGCUUUGGCCCUACAGAAUUGUAUCCCCCCCCCCACCCCUCCACGUUGGGCUUUAGGAAGGUGUUCAAGUGAGAGCAGUCUCAGGGUCUCUGAAUGGAAGUGGGGUGUGCUGUCCUUUCUGUGAAGCCCAGACCAUAUGUGAGAAUAGUUCUGGGAGAAGCCAUGGAGCUAGAGGAUACUGAAAACAAUGAAAAUUGUGAUUGGGAAUUUUUAGGACAUUAUAUUUUAAAUUAUAUUAUGAAUGUAAGACUUUCUGUAUGUCUGAAGGGAAGCAGCUGCAUCCUCAAAUUUUGCAGUCUAUAUGACUUCAGAGAUCGAAACUUAGGAAUUGAACAGUGCUGAUGCCAUGAGGGUGAGCUAGCCUAGCCUACAGAUAACUGUUAUGUUUAGAUUGUCCAUCUUUGGUGGCUUUAAUUCUAGGCAGAAGUUCUUCUGGAGAUUUCUAAAAGUCCUUUAGAAACAUGGAUCAGGAGUCCUGUUCUUAUGGGUACUUAAUUGUCCCAUGUUUUAGGAGUGAAUGUUUUGUUGAGGAAAGAAGUCUUUCAGGGGGCUAGAAAGAAUUCUAAGCCAAGUUGUCCAGCUGAAAAUGCCACCAAGUCACAGAUCAUUUAAUGUGAUAUUCUUCAGUCUUCAUGGUGUUUUUUGCUAUGGAAAAGGUGAUGCAAUUUGAAUUUGUCUUGAUUUUAAUGCAGCUUUUUUUCCACACCAAAUAUUCUUUAUGGAUAAAUUGAAUUUUUUAAUUGGAAGUCAUAGGGAGAUAGGAGUUUUAUGUGUGCUGCUGCUUGCCAGGAACAGGUUGGGGAAAAAACUGAGGCAGUUGGAAUUGAUGAUGCACUGGCUUAAUAUAGGAGGGAAUUUGUACAAUAAACCUUAAUCAAAGGUGAGUUAGUGUCCUAUGUCUCUACAUAUUUUAACUGUCCAGAGUGCCUGCCAUUGCUGUGUAAAGUGAGCUCUCUGCUGAUCGAUACACCAGUAAUACUUUUGACUUGGAAUGUCACUUUACUUUUACAGAUGACAUUUUCCUCUCUCUCCUUGAUAUUUUCUGUGUUAUGUUUGGUAAUUGGUAGAUGCGUGAUGUAUUUACUAAAUUUAGGCUGUUUGUUUAGAUUUUGUUUGGUGGAGUCAGCUUUCUUCCCUGACCUUUAAAGGUUAUUUAGUUUGCUUUUGUAUCUUUGUGGAAGUGAUGAUCACUGAUUUGAUUAUGAAGAUGUCUCUUACAGCUUUAAGUUUUUCUCAUGAAAUGUCACAUAUUUUCUAAUCACAUUCACUUCCUCACCACAGAGAUACAUAUCCACUUGGCCUCAGCAGUUCUCCAUGGCAGUCUGGUUAGUUCCUUAGAACUUUGUCAGGAGUGACCUUGAAAAAAGUGCUUACUAGAGCCUAAAAGCUGCUUUCUGCUGCAUAGUCUGGCCUUUGCACUAGUAGAUCAUUGCUGAUAUAGGUCAGUUUAGAGACUUUUCUAUAUUAGUGCCUCCUGAUACUGUUUUAAGAUAACCUGCAGUGUCUGCUUUUAUAUCUGUGCAUAUGUUAUGAGACUCAUGGGCUCUGCAUGAAGUGUUUGCUGCAUUGUCUUUGGGUUAGCACAUGUCCCUGUCAACUAGCAUGCAUGUUGUCCAAAUUCCGUAAACUUAGGCUUCACGAGGUUGUGUGGUUUCUAAACACUGUGUCGUCUUUUACCCUCACCACUUCAAAGGGUGAGAAACAGGAUUUAUACAUCUAAAGUUAGUCUAGUAAACAUGACUCCCCCCCCCCUCCUUUUAACCUAGACUAUCAAGGAUAAGUGGUGAUAAGCAGGCCUGGAGCCUCAGGUUCUAUAAAUCUCAUUCCUGAAACUUUGCUUGAAUCUCAUGUUGGCAAAAAGAUUAUCUGUGAAUUGUCCUUAGGACUUUUAAUCAGAUACCUGUGUUGCUGUUCGCUUACCUUUCGUGAAGCAUUAAUCUAAAGCUACGUUGGUCUUCUGAAGUAUCAGUUAUGCUUUUUGGGUUUAGAAAAUACAUAGGAAUUAGUCUAGUCUUUUUACUUGAAUCAAUGUGUUUCCAUAUCUGAGACCCUCAGCACCCUACCCCCCCUCCUUUUUUAAUGAUUUUAGUGUUUUCAUUUAAUGUAUCCUUUUACAUAGUUCUGUAUUAUUGGCUUCACCAGUAUUGAUAGAAAAAUUAAAUCUCCAGUUGGAACAGCAAUGGAUUAGAAUAUAGAAAUAAAAUCAUGGUAACAUCAGUGCUGGAUUUACUUUCACCUCUGCUACCUAACUCCCCAUAUUGAAAAUCCAUUCCCCUCUUUGUUCCUGGACAAAGGCCGAUUAGAGGGGUCUUAUCCCAGUAUGGUUGGACUCUAAACAUACCUGUAUUUCCCACAGAAACAGGGGACUGUGGGAACUUGGGAACUGAUUAACUUUUAAGAGGAUUAUUCCUUUGUUGAUAAUCUGUUUUGAUCUUAAUGCCAGGGAAAAGGGAAUUCCAUCUUGAAGUUGGAAUACAAAUGUUAUUCUCUUGGGGUUGGGAGAAUUUAAGCAGCCUGUGCAACCCUUCACAUGGUGAGAAGUAAGCCCUUUGCAGUCCCACUAAACUUUCAGUGACUGAUGCCUCCCCAGAUUUCUUGUGUUGCUGCUUGUCAACACCCAGCUUUUAACUGAGUGUCUGUUCCUGGUGGUUUAAAAAAUGUUCAUGUUGUAUCACACUGUCAAGUUUUAUCUCUUUAUCCCUAUGUGGGAUAAAAAGCCUGGUACUAUAAUCCUGCCUGAUAGAGUGGUCUUGAGUGAGAAUUAUUUUUACGUGGGAGACCCUUCCAUUUUAAUGUCUCUAAGGGAAUGUUUACUGAAAAGUGGUGUCUGCUCUUCCUGUUUUUAAGUGUGUAUUCAUGGCGAAUGAAAAGAAGAGAAAGCCUUGGGUUUUCUGUUGCCAUAGUAAGCGUGGAGAGGGAUGCUUGACAGCAUGCUGAUUGAAGCCAGAGCAAGUAUGUCUCCAUCAGGUUAUCAGGAACUCUUCAGUUGAAAGCUGAGGCCUUAACUGAUUAGUGGUUGAUCACAUUGGAUUGGUUACAAGAUGGAAGUGCUGGCUGGGUUAAGCACACACAGAAAAGAAUACAGCUGACUUGACUUAGUGUUAACCUAGGUUUCUGGAUUUGAAACUGACCACCUCCUCACCCAACUCCACACACCUAAAACUGUUUUCUUAUCAGACCAAAGAGCAAAGAAGGAAAAAAAAAAAAAGUGAAACACUUUACCAAUCUAUGUCACUCAGGUACAAUUUUGUGGUGAUAUUUUUGUCUUUUUUUUUUUUGUAUUGCUCUUAAGAGUCCUUUCUCAGCAUAUUAUUCUGCUCUUGCCUCUGUCUUCCUUGGGGCACCUCAAUUCUGGAUGCUACUCCUGGGAUCUCUACUGCUGUUAUGUGAAUGAUAAGAUGUAAGUGACCAUUACAGUAAGGGCUCUUUGUAAAAAAUUUUAAAAAAUGUUUUUAAAAAUUAAAAAAGUACAUUGUAUACAUUUUAUAGUCUGGCUAUCAAUUUGAUAUUUUGCUGUCAAGUAUGUUUCUCAAUCUGUAUUUAUCCAUCCCAUCAAUAAAUGUUAAACACUCAUCUGAUCA